AUGGAUGAUAUCGAACGAAACGAUAUUUCACUGCAGCACAAAUUUGAAUUUUGCGAAGAUAUUAUCAAGCAGUUGGAAAAUGGAAAGCAAAGUACAAAGGAUUUACAGGAUCAGUUGAAGCAAUGUGAAGAGAAAUUAAAACUUUUAACGAAGGAAGUAUCCGCUCUUUCGUUAUUCAGUAAUAACGAAAGUGUUGACGAAUUGCCGACUAACUCUUUGAAUUAUCUAUUCCUACCGUAUUAUUUGGCUACAGUUACACAAAAUAUUAUCGUUAAACCAGAGGAACGUCUUUUAAUUCUGGACCGCGCAAAGAUAUAUUUACAAGACUUUUUGGGAAGAUUAAAGGCAUACAACAUUAUUGAUUUCGACUUGUCAGAAGCAGUCGAAGGCAAUGGAGGAAUGAAAACAGAAAAGUCCGGGCAUAAUAUCAAUCUCUCUAAACAGAGAGAAUUAAAAUUGCGACGAUUUCAACGAGAAAAGGAAUUGGAAGAAUUAGUGAAGAAUUCGGAAUCCGAGUUGCAGUUGUAUUCAAAUGCAGAUGACGACGGGUUAAAGCGCGAAUUGAUUGUAAAUCGUUUGCAUCUUGCUGCAAUGAAAAGUCUUGAUGAGAUAGGACAAAUUAAUCAAGAAAGGUCAGUGGUAGAGCACAUGUUGAAAAUCCGAACAGGACAAGCUGAAGCUUUACCGAAACGACCGAUGAACCGCUUUGGGCCAACUCCAUACAUAAUAGCUCGAGAUCAAAUGCAGAAGGAAGUUUUUGGUCUGGGAUAUCCAAGCAUACCGACGGUAACUGUAAGCGAAUGGUAUGAUGACAUGAUGAAAAAUGGAAGAUUCGGUGCUAUGAAUCCAGGCUCAUCAGAAGACAACUCCGAUUCAAAUGUUAUGGAUGAAGAAACAAGGGAGGAGCAGGAGCGGGCUCGUCUCCAAAGAUGGGAUGAAUAUAAGGAUCAUCAUCGUCGUGGUUGGGGAAAUAUGCAUAAUAAAGGCUAA